AUGUCCAGAUUUCUGCACGAGAUGGAGGCCAAAGUUGCCAUGAGCAACACCGCUGCUACCCCUGAGACGUAUUCUGAGCCCGGGGUAUCCAAAUCUGUUGACAUCAUUGACAGGGAGUACAAUGGUGAUGUCCAGCAUGCCAUGGAGUCUCUCCUCGUGUCUUCCACCCUUCCACCCUCUCCUGAGAGUCCCAUCGUCUACAACUACAAGCUGUCAAAUGACCACUUCCAGGAGGCUCGAGCCUACCUAGCAGCUCAUAACAAUCAGCACCGAUGUAUGACCACUGGGGACUUGUUGGUAGUCAAGAUGGACGUUUGGCCUUGUGAGAAGUCCUGGCUGUGGCUUACAGCCCAGAUUGAGAACCAGCGCCUCGAGCUUGCUGAGCACACCAAUGAUCCUCUGGUCACCAACUACAUGAAUGAGCUCGGAGUUGAUUCUACCACCCAGAAAGAGUUGUCUCAACGUCUGCAGAUGCCGGCCUGUACUCCCUGCAAGAACCCCCUGCCAGAGUCUGCUGCUCCUGCCUUGAGCCCUUCUGGAAAGUCUGCCACUCCCUCCAGUUUCCAGGAACAUCCUGAUACCCCCUCCUCCGGAACUGCGGAGGAAUCUGGUAUGAACAAAUCUAUAUCCUCUGACGAGGGUCUGAAUGAUACUUCUUGCCCCAGAACUGUGGUCAUCAUGCUGUCUGCUCGUGACAACACCUGGGAGGACCUGAUCGAGAAGAUUAAGCACAUGCUCUUCUCUCCAUGGAUUGAGCAGCGCCGAGGUGAUAUCCGCCUGGCCCUCGCCAUCAAGGGACCUUCUGACGAAGACCUCCGUGAGGGCAAUCGCGAGGUUCGUGUGGGUAUCUGGCGUCUUCGCUCCGGCACUCGAGGUGCUGAGGCCAUGGACACUGUGUUCGACAAGAUCAUUCGUGACAAACACGGCCGUCACCGUGUCAGCCCCAGUGCUGCCAUCGUCCUCACCUGGCGGGACUUCUUGCGCCCCUACCUCGGCCGCGACGAGGAGCCCCUGGGACUGGCCAGCCUCUUGGAGAAUGAGCUCCUGGUCAUUCCCUACGGCGUCCUCCUCCAGGAAAUCGAGAAGGACGAGCGUAUGCUGGCUCUGCCGGAUGAGGAGUUCCGGGAUAUAUUCCGGUUUGAGCGCAUCCCGGAGCCCACCAAUAACACCCACGAACUCGAAAUGGCUUAG